AGCGGUUCGAAGCUCUCGGUAUCAAGCGUGCGGGGCUCCGUCAAGGAGCUGUUGGCGGCGUCGCAGGAGAAGAAGCGUAACUUCGUCGAGACCAUCGAGCUGCAGAUUGGUCUCAAGAACUACGACCCUCAACGUGAUAAACGUUUCUCGGGAACGGUCAAGCUUCCAAAUGUCCCUCGUCCGCGCAUGUCCAUCUGUAUCCUGGCUGAUGCCGCCGACAUCGAUCGUGCUAAGCAGAUCGACCUCGAGUACAUGUCGGUCGAUGAUCUCAAGAAGCUGAACAAGAACAAGAAGCUCGUCAAGAAGCUCGCCAAAAAGUAUGACGCAUUUCUUGCGUCCGAGACUCUCAUCAAGCAGAUUCCUCGUCUGCUUGGUCCCGGUCUGUCGAAAGCCGGCAAGUUCCCUACCCCGGUCGCCCACGCGGAAGACCUCUCGAACAAACUCCUGGAAGUCCGCUCGACGAUCAAGUUCCAGCUCAAGAAGGUUCUUUGCUUGGGUGUUGCCGUCGGCCAUGUCGAGAUGACUGACGACCAGGUGCUCGGGAAUGUCAUGCUGAGCAUAAACUUCCUGGUCAGUUUGCUCAAGAAGAAUUGGCAGAAUGUCAAGUCUCUUCACAUAAAGAGCACCAUGGGCAAGCCCAUCCGUCUCUUCUGA